CGGCGGCAAAGUCGUCACUGGCAGUCGGUGUCUCCGCUUGGCAAAUUUACGGUGGUCUAUUGGCUGAUCUUCGUCGACACCGGCGGCAAGGGGGAGCAUGUAACACUCCCUGGACAGCGCUCCCCCUCGUCAGCCUCUCGUUCACCCGGGGACGAACUAUACUAGUGCUCUCAUUGACCCACCGCUCAGGUUCGUCGCCAUAGCUCUUCUUACCUCCUCCUACCUCUCACCUCCUUCCCCUCCCCUCCGCCUUUAUCUUCUCCCACCCCGCACUGCCCCACCACAGGCUAUCAGCCUGUGCUCGAGCUAAAAAGACACUCGCGACGCGUGCUGCCUGCGCAUCUGCCCCUGCGAGUGCUGCCGCUUCUACGAUCGCCUGACGUCUGUUCCCUGUCCCGAAGCCAACCAUGGACCGCCACCUGCCUCCAGGCAUAUCACCAAAAACCCUAUCUGCCGCCGUCGAUGUCAGUCAGUUCGACCGCGGAGACAUCUCGUUUAUCAUCAUCUGCGGCGCGCUCGUGCUCUUCAUGGUCCCAGGCAUAGGCUUCCUCUAUUCCGGUCUCUCCCGCCGCAAGAGCGCACUUCACCUCAUAUGGAUCGUCGCCGCGAGCAACGCCGUCACCAUCUUCCAGUGGUACUUCUGGGGCUACUCCCUCGCCUUCUCCUCGACGGCGACGAACGGCUUCAUCGGGAACCUCUACCACUUUGGCAUGCAGCGCGUGCUCGCCGACCCGAGCCCCGGCUCCCCGCUCAUCCCGGAGCUCCUCUACGCCUUCUACCAGAUGGAGUUCGCCUGUGUCACCGUCGCCAUCCUCGUCGGUGCCCUCGCAGAGCGGGGACGCGUCCUGCCCGCGCUCGUCUUCAGCUUCCUCUGGAUGACUCUCGUCUACUGCCCUCUUGCGUGCUGGGCCUGGGCCCCGAACGGCUGGGCAUUCAAGUGGGGGGUGCUCGACUACGCAGGUGGCGGACCCGUCGAGAUCGGGAGCGGGAUCGGGGGCUUGGCGUACUCCUGGGUGCUCGGCCGCCGCACCGAGCGCGAGCUGCUCAACUUCCGGCCGCACAACGUCUCGCUCGUCGGCCUCGGCACCUUCGUGCUCUGGCUCGGCUGGCUCGGCUUCAACGGCGGCUCCGCCUUUGGCGCGAACCUCCGCGCCGUGCUCGCCAUCUGGAACUCGAUGAUCGCCGCCGCGUUCGGCGGCAUCGUCUGGUGCUUCCUCGACUACCGCGUCGAGCGCAAGCUGUCCAUGGUCGGCUUCUGCUCGGGCACCAUCGCCGGCCUCGUCGCCGCCACGCCCACGUCCGGCUACGUCCCGCUCUGGGCCUCCGUCAUCACAGGGACGAUCGUCGGUGCGGUGUCGAACUACGCCACCAAACUCAAGUUCUACCUCCGCAUCGACGACGCGCUCGACCUCGGCGCGGAGCACGCGAUGGGCGGCAUCAUCGGCCUGCUCCUCAACGGCCUCUUCGCGGACAAGAACCUCGUCGCGCUCGACGGCGUCAGCGCCGUGCCCGGCGGCUGGCUCAACCACCACUACCGCCAGCUCUACGUCCAGUUCGCCUACGUCUGCGCGACCGUCGGCUACACCUUCGUCGUCACCGCGCUCCUCGCCAAGGCGCUCGACCUCGUCCCGGGCAUGCACCUCCGCGCGUCGCCCGAAGAGGAGGCGCUCGGCAUGGACGACGUCCAGAUCGGCGAGUUCGUCUCGGACUACGUCGAGGUCCGCAGGGACUACCGCGACUGGACACCGGCGUACCACCGGCCCGCUGUCGGCGGCAAGGCCGAGGGCUCCGAGUCGGGCACGAGCACGCCCACCGCCGCGGGCGACCGCCACGGCCACCCCGACGUCGCGGCGCACCACGCGCCGGCGGCGGCACACGAACGUGCCCCGGUGGUGGGGACGAAGCCGCAAGACGCGCUCGGGGUCGUCUCUGAAAAGCCCGUCGAGGAGGCCGUGUAGGGAGAGGAGGCUUUGUGUCUGUUGGAGACCUAGGACGAACGGAGGGGAUGAUUUGGAACUGACAUGACUGACCCGCCCCUUCUCACGCGACCGGGCAAAACUCAUCGUCUCCUUGCUCAUGUUUAUUGGGUAUUGAAUAUCUAUCUCACGAUCGCUUACGCUUUCAAGUUCUUCUUGGAUGUAAUUCUCUUGGGUGUAUUAAUGGUGUGUUAGCAUUUAUCUCAUAUAUACAUAGAGUCAUGACCUACUUUCACACAACGAGACUGGAGCUUAUGGGGAGAUACUUCAAACUAGGUUUGAUUCAUUCGCAAAAUAGACAGUACACUUUCAUUCCGUGCGAGCAUCUAUCGCGUGUCCAAGGCUCGUCAUGCUAGAUACACAAUUUGAGAUGAUGAGUGAUAAGAUGAAUGCCAGUCAACGUAGAAAGUGGGACGAUGGCUCAGAGCGUGAGCUGUUCGAGGUCCUUAGGGAGGCUGUCGGGAGCCUUCCACAUCCAGAAAGGACCUGGACGGAAGCCGGUCAGUACAGUGGCCACAUGACAACCACAAGUCAUGAUGUGCGUACCUGCAGGAUCCCCAACUAGAAACGAAGAAAAUCAAGUCAAGAGAGUGCAGAGGAUUGAGCUGAAGAGACAUGCCUUCUUCGUGCACAGCAACUGUCCAGAUCCCGGCGAUGCCCAUGGCGGAGCCCACGUUACCGACUUGCACGGCUUCGGCGCUGAAUCUCGCAUGUGUGCGCGCAUCAGCACCGCAAACUCGAAGCACACCGGCUGGCGAAGCACACAAAGAGAGGGGCACGUACCUCCACCUGUUUGCGCUGUCGUCGUACGACGUCACCUGGUCAGUCGACACGCACAAAAUCUAGUCAGUCCACGCGUCCGUGAGCAUGGUCGAAUAGCAAACAGAAAGAUUGGGGGGGGAGGUGGAAACGGACGAGGAAAAGGGAGAGGGAGCAGGGCGAGGAAGAGAAGAUUGAGAGAAACAUCAGUACAGUGCUCACAAAGUUCCAGCGCACGGUGCCGUCGCGCAUCAUUUGAACCGUGCCUCUGAUCCUGGACGUGCCGCUGUGAACGCCCUUCGACGAGCCCUCGAAGCGGAUCGUUGGGUACGACGAAUCGAAGUCACCCCUCACCGACGCCGGGCCGGGGCCGGACGCGAAGAGUGAAGACGCACACCUGCUCGCGGAGGCAAGCUCGGGAGACGACAUCGGUGAGUCGGGUGGGUCAAGGACUUUGAGGUCGACUUCCAUCAGACGGACGGCUUCUGUGAAGUCUUCGUCGAAAAAGUUGGGGUUGAGUGGCCCUGCGUUCAAAGCAGAGAACUGAAAAGGAACAACGUGGGUCUG